UCAUCGUGUGUCGGUACCGCGUGGAUCGUGCGGAAGUUGCGCGCGAGCGGAGAAGUCCUUCCGAUGCGCGAUGCGCGGAAUUGAUCAAAACGAUAGAAAUCGCAAAUGUGUUUAAAAUAAUAAUAGAAAAUACGGUUCUCGGUACAAUGAUUGGCAGCCUCUGUGCACGUGUUGAGUGUGUUCAUUGCAGUCUGAAUCGGUGCGCAUAAUUGCUCCAUCGGUGCCCGACAAGGUCGAACCUCCAGCUGACCCAAUUCAUCUUUACUCGAGUGAGAAGCAGAGGAAAAAUAACAACAACAAAAAACUCAAUCCAGAACCAGUACCAGUUUUACAAGUUGAACGGAUUUCACGCGUGGUUAUCGACCGCGUUGCGCUGAUCAGGUUCCCUCGAAUCAACCAGUCGCGCUUGGCGCUUGACUCGCAUGUGUUUGUGGCUUAAGUGCGGAAGAACACAACGGACAGCGGCUCAACAAAACUGAAAACGAUAAGAUAUUGUACCAGAAGCUGCCCGUUUUCGUCUCUUUUUUGGUGUUUUGUUUAAUUUAGUGUGGAUUUGAGACAAGGGUUGGAAGCGAGGAAAGUAUCGUUCUUUCUUUCGAGUGAAUGUUUUGAAUCGGUGAAUUGUGCCCAUCCCCGUCCGGAGUGUGUAUUUUUAGAUCCUCAAUGCAGUGGUGGCAUGGCGUGAAGAAGGAAAAAAAAUCUCUGUUUAUUCGACGUUCAGAAGUUUACAGGCAUCCGAGGAAAGUGUGAACAAUUGUCACGACAAAAGUGAAGGCGAGAGCGAGCAAGAGUGAACGAGUGAAAGUUGAACGAACCCACCGAAAUGACUGAGACAAUCGAGAUGAGCAAUGCUCCCAGCGGUAGUCCGAGUGGGGGCAAAAGUAGGGAGAGUUCCCCGCUAGAGGUGGAUCAACACACAAACGCCGAGUUGAAUUUGGAGUUAUUGGAGCAGGGCAAAUUGACACAUAAAAGACCCCAAACGUUGGGGUUGGAACCGUUGAAGAUUCCCGCGUAUCCGGGUUUCGACCUGAGCCCUAGUUUGGGAGGCGUUUCGACGGCGGCCUCGUUGGCCGCCGCUCGUCUCUUCAAACCGGUUACCAUCAGCUUCAAAAACUUGUCGUACUCGGUACGAACCGGGAUUUUUCGGAAAGGUCGUGAUAUACUGAGAAACAUCAAUGGCGAGUUUCGGGCGGGCGAACUGACCGCCAUCAUGGGACCCUCGGGGGCGGGGAAGAGCACACUGUUGGACAUUCUGGCGGGUUACACGGACAGCGAAUUCACCGGCGAAAUACUGAUCAACAAGCAGCAUCGCGAGCUGAAGCGCUUCCGACGGCAGUCCGCCUACAUCAUGCAGGAUCACGACCUGCAGCCCCAUCUCACCGUCCUCGAGGCGAUGCAUUUCUCGGCAAAUCUAAAAAUUGGAGCCGAGUUGAGUCCCGCCAGCAAAAAGACAAGGAUGAACGAAAUCCUCUGCGCCAUUGGCUUGCAGGAGCACAAGAAGACUCGCACUGCGAAACUGUCGGGUGGUCAGAAAAAGCGAUUGGCCAUUGCGCUGGAGAUCGUCAACAAUCCCCCGGUGAUGUUUUUCGAUGAACCCACCAGUGGGUUGGAUAACUCCACCUCGAAGAAGUGCAUCGAACUACUCAAGCAACUGGCUCGGGAAGGACGCACGAUCAUCUGCACCAUCCAUCAGCCAUCGGCUUCGCUGCUGAACUUGUUCGACCAUCUUUUCACGGUGGCCGAAGGGCAGUGCAUUUUCACCGGCACAGCCGGAAACAUUGUGCCAUUCCUCAAAGAGAUUGACAUCAUUUGUCCGGAGCAUUACAGUCCAUCAGAUUUUCUGCUGGAAAUCGCCACCAACGAUUCCGAUUGCCAAACGGAAAAAUUGAUUGCGAAGACAGAAAACGGCAGAAGCACAGCGUAUCGCAAUCGAGAACCGUUCACUCCUUUUCUGCUGCCCAUCCUGGAAUCUCCAGUGGAUAUGUCGCCCCUCUCGCCAAAACUAGAGUCCAUCUCCCCGCUAGCCAAACCAAAGAAGUUAGCCAAAAAACUGUCCUUCAAUCCGGAGAAAUGGUGCGGUCGGGAUGAGAUCUACACCACGAGCUUCUGUCGACAGUUCUAUCUGCUGCUGUUGCGCACGUUUCUGAUCCUGAGCCGAGAUCGAUCGCUGAUGACGAUGAGAUUCAUUAUUCACUGCGCGAUCGCGCCCCUCAUAGGGAUGCUCUACUUUGGCAUCGGCAACGAGGCGAGCCAUAUCUUCAACAACUUCAACUAUGUGUUCUUUUCGAUUAUGUUUCUGAUGUUCACCGCAUUUAGCUCGAUGACGAUGGCAUUCCCCCUGGAGCUCCCAAUUAUCACACGGGAGCACUUCAAUCGGUGGUACUCGCUGCGCGCGUAUUACAUUGCGAUGUCGGUUGCGGAUGCACCGAUUCAGGCGCUCUGUACGGUGACUUACAUCACGAUCACUUACUACAUGACCAAUCAACCCCCGGAAGCCUACCGAAUGGGUCUGUUCACCUUGAUUUGUUUGAUGGUCGCAUGGGUUGCCCAAGGACUUGGUAUUCUGGUGGCCUCGCUUUUUGAUGUUAAGAACGGGGCCAUCUUCGGACCCUUCUUCAUCUGCCCGUUCCUGAUAUUCUCGGGCUUCUUCAUUCAUCUGAACGACGCCCAUCCGGUCAUGCAUUGGCUGUUCCACAUUUCGUUUCUCAAGUACGCCCUGCAGGGUGCGACGGUUGCGAUCUUCGGGUACGAUCGACCCAAGCUGGACUGCUGCGAGGAGGUAUACUGUCAUUUCACGCUGCCAAAGAAGUUUCUGAAGGAGAUCGACAUGCUGAGUGCGGACUUUGUCGAGGCUGUGAUAGCGCUGGGGGUGGCGUUCGUGGUGUUUCGAGUGGCCGCCUUCUACGUGAUGCGGUAUAGACUAAGGAACAAGUGUUGAGAUGAGUGUAUUUCCAGUGUGAGCCGUUAAUUAGUUAGUUAGUUAGCUAAUGAGGAAGACAUUCCCUAUUCCCGCCUUCGCCACCGGCUGUGUUAUGUUUGGAGCUGUUCGAAGCAAACGCGCUUGGGUUGUAGAGUCAUUGAACGGCGAUUAAGCGAUCGAGGUAAUUUAAUGGUUUUUUAAUAACUUUUUUGUGAUGAGAUCGUAUGAUUAUUACCGAAGAAGAACAACAACAGAUAAUUAUUAUUUUAAGAUAUACCCUCGAGAGUGGUCGUUUGUGACCACUGCGAAUUAA